AUGAGGAAGGUGACAGAAACUAUCGACGAACAAAAUAGUUUAGGGGAGCGGAGGGUUAUGACAACGGAAUACCGAUCAUCGGUUGGAAAGGGUGUCGAGAAGAGGACAGUGGAGGUGAUCCACCAACUUCAUCCCCAAGAAAACCAGACCACAAGUGGUGGUCUCUUGGCAGGAGCUGCAGCAGCUGUGGAGUCCACCCUUCAGUCUGCCAAGGCUGCCAUCUCUAAGUCGUGA